AAAUUUUUUCAUCAUGAAAUAUUUGUUGUUCUUAGCAAUUAUCUUAAUAGCCUUAGCUAAAAGACACCACUAACCUGAUGUUGUGCUAUAGUGUCUAUAAGGAACAUGCAAGGCUGAAUUUGAAGCUUGUGACAACUCAACUGGUUGUGUGAAAUAACUUAAAAAAUGUAUGUAAGUACAAGAAAGAGACCCAUUGAAUUACUCAGCUGUAUAUAAAAUUUAUUAUAAUAGGGACUCGAAUGCUUAGAGAAAUAAGGAACCGCCUUAGAUGCCUUUGAGUGCAUAUUUGGAAAAUGCCUUGGAUUACAUGGACAAUGAAGUUUAUUAAAAUCAUAUCAAUCAUAUAUUAAUAUAUCAUAUCUAAG